UUUUUAUCAUGAUAAUAUUGUUGACCAUGUGCAAUGUGAGAUGAGCUGUGAGCAGUUUUAAAACUAAUUUUAACUGAUUUCGCAAGUUUAAUUGCACGUAUAAGUUUAUGUAUGUGAAUACUGUUUUGUCAAUUAUAUAAAUUUAAAUCAAAAUGAACUCCUUUAGAGAAUGUAUCACAUUACAGUUUGGAAAUUAUUCAAAUUUCAUCGGAACGCAUUUCUGGAAUCUACAGGAAGCCAGUUUUAGUUACGAUGAAAAUAUUCCAAAGCCGUUAGAAGUAUGCCAUGACGUUCUUUACAGAGAAGGAUCAAAUUUAAUGGGUGAGGUGACGUUUACACCUCGUCUGUUGUGUGUUGAUCUUAUGAAUAGUUUUUAUCAACUUCCAAAAGUGCAUAAAGGUCUAUAUGAACCUGAUAAUAAUGAACUUCAAGACAAUGAAGAAUGUUCAUCUAAUAAAAUUGAAACGAUUCAAGAAGAAAAAAUUGUUCCUAAUGAAUUUUUAUUGGACUUGGCUGAAGAAGAAAAAUGUUUAAAAGAUGGUGAUAAUAAAGAAAUAAGCGUUUCAGAAAAAGUUUACGAUUUGGAUGAAACAGUAAAGCUAUGGUCAGAUUACCUGAAAGCUCGUUUUCAUCCGAGAACAAUUACGACUGUUAGUGAGUACAAACACAAUGAUCCGAAUCGCACAUUUGAUAAUUUCGCACAAGGCACUGCAUUGUGGGACUCAUAUGAAAUGAAAGAAACUUGGGUCGAUAACUUACGAUUAUAUGCUGAAGAAUGCGAUUACUUACAGGGAUUUCAUGUCAUGAUGGACUCUCUAAAUGGAUUCGGUGGUUUGUCUUGUAAGGCACUUGAAUAUUUAAAAGACGAUUAUUCAAAUAAAGCGGUCAUUGCUAUGCCGGUAAUGUCAGUCAAUCAGAUUUGCGAAGAAAAAAAUAUAGAUCUAUAUGCAGUAAACACUGCAUUGUUAUUCUCGUCGCUUUUUGAACAUUCGAAUAUAUUCAUUCCAUUGACUACCUCUUACGGUGGUUGGACAAAAAGUUUGUCCAAUCUUAGUUUAGAACAUAUUUCAUACAAAAGCCACUUAGACUACAAUACGAGUGCUAUAUUAGCUUCGGCUGUGGAUACGUUUUCGUUAGGAUACAGAAGACGUUCUCAAUGCAAGUCUAUGAAUGACAUAUGCACAAAAUUAACUCCGAUAGGGCGAAAAGCGGUCAGUGCUUCUGUACAAAUGCCUCUCGGAUUCCAUUUCAAAUCCAAUUUAAUGGAUUACCUGGAAAAUGCAAAACUACCGUUAUGGCAACCUAUUUCACCAAAGUGUACAACAGACUUGUCUGUCGCACAGUUAAUUGUUUUAAGAGGAUUAAAUGAAAAGAAGCUCUAUGCUAGUAAUCUUAUAAAGGAUUCGAAAAAUGCUUCUCAUCAUUGCUCUUCAACCAAUGAGAUGUUAAAACUUUUUUUGACAUAUUGCGAUCAAGUGAGAGCAACUGAAGUGUUAGGAUUCGAAUCUCCGCUAGAAACAAUAGCGCCGUUCCCUAACAUAUUUUCCCAGUAUAUUAAUCAAGAUGGAUUUUUAACAGAUACUACCAGACCAUCGACCUCAGUGGUUGCAAAAAGCACAGUCAUUAGUGGUUUGCACAACAGUAAUUCAAUGGGAAAUAUGAUUGUGGAAUUAAAAAAAGACUCUGAUAAAGUUAAAGGUUCAAAAUUGAGUCAGAUGUUUGACAGCAGUAUCGAUUUAGUGGAUUUCAAUGAAUGUCUUGAAAAUUUGUUAGUUUUAAGUGAUAAUUAUUCAACAAAUGAUUGUUUAUAGAAGAACACAUAAUUCAAUGUAAUUUAAGUUAAAAAUUGUUUUUUAUUUCAUUUAGCUUUUUUUAAUUUUUUACUUGAAUUUCACUGUCUUCACAUAAGUCUGUAUACCUCAUUUCAAGAUGAUAUUCUAAACAUAAUUAAACUUAAGUUUAUAAAUUCUUUUUUUUUUUGUAUUAUCAUCCUCAGAUUUCCUCCCAUCAAUCUGCUAACUUACAACAUUUCUUGCUUUUCUAAAUUCUAAUUUUAAUUAAGUCUUGUUUACCUCUUUUUAAUUACUUUUGGUUAGUAUUA